UACAACGCUUCGCUCUAGCUCUGCUGGAGAAUCCUGCCUGCCUGCCUGCCUGUCUGCCUGUCUGCCUGCCUGUCUGCCUGUCUGCCUGUCUGCCUGGCUGGCUGUCUUGUCUCCCUCAGUGGUCUCUAUGUGCAGAGUUCCCUGAUGGCUGAUCCCUCGAACGAAGUCUCCAGCUGCUCCUACGACAAGUCCCGCAUCUGGAACCACCUCUUGGAUCGUCCCUCCCCCAGAAGGCUCGUGCCGCAGACUUGGAACCAUUCAGCUAUUAACAACUUGAUGAUGCCACAAGCACCCACGCCCGUGGUGCCAACACGCCCACGACUCGGUUUCUCCAUAGAGUCCCUGGUGGGCUGCGGGGAUGAGAAACGAUCGUCAGCGUCGCCGCCCUCGUCAGGCUACACCAAGCUGCCGGAGUCGCCGCCGCACUACUCGCCCCGCGAGUUCGGUAGCCUCGGCCUGCCCCGCGAGUUUUUUCUCGCCCGAGAGCAACAGCUGCGCGAUCAAAUACGCGACCAACUCUUGAAAGAACAGCUAAUCCGUGUGCACCAGGCCCGGCAGGAACCCCAUCACCACCCGCCGUCGCCGCUGACGUCUCCCGUCAGGACGCACUCCCCCAUCACCCACCACGACGACGAGAAGAAGGCGUCGUCACCGCUCACCAGCCCAGCGUCUCUGCCACCGCCAAACUUCCUGCCGGGUGCUGGCGUGCCCCUGUCGCCUCAACUCCUGCCCCUCAGCGGCCACACCAUGCCCCCACACCUCCACACGCACCUCAUGCCCCAUCCUCUCCUGACGCAAGGCCAGGUUCCGCAGCUCGGGACGCCGCUGCCUCCGUGCCCGCGAGACUACCCGCUCUACCCGUGGCUGCUCUCCCGCCACGGCAGGAUCUUCCCUCCUGGCUUCCCUGGCGGCCACGAUUUCCCCACGUUCCUGCUGCCCUUCCGCAAGCCCAAGAGGAUCCGGACGGCGUUCAGCCCGAGUCAGCUGCUGAAGCUGGAGCAAGCCUUCGAGAAGAACCAGUACGUGGUGGGCGCCGAGAGGAAGCAGCUGGCGCAGUCCCUCAACCUCUCAGAAACACAGGUCAAAGUUUGGUUUCAGAACCGAAGAACAAAGCACAAACGGCAGCAGCAAGAAGACGAAGGCGGCGAGGGAGGAGAGAGAAAGGCCGAAGAGAAGCAGGGUGAGGAGGAGGGACUCGUACUCGAGCAUGAGGAAGAGGAAGAACUCGACGUGGAAAAUGAGGCGGAAACUCAGUAGUUCUGGUUCCUGCUGCUCCCCAAACACAGUCUUCCUCGUCUCUGCUCUUCAGCACUCGCAUGUAGGGGGGUUCUGCCAUUCCAAGAGGCGCAGUACAUCUCGGUGAUCUUCUGUCCUUGCCUGUCUCCAGCCUCUUCACCUCCCUGUCCAUCCCUGUCUGCAGCCUCAUCUUCCAGUCCUCCCCUGCCAGUCACAAUCCUCGUCCUCCUCCUUCCCUCGCCUCUAUUCCCUGCCAGUCAACCUCUACUUCAAGCAGAAACACUCCCACGUCCUGGCCUCCAGGACCACCGUCACCUGCAGCUCAUGUCACCGCCCCGUUUUCCGAAUGUCUCCAAAGAAGUUGGUCAGGAAAUAAUACUCCAGCGCUCCUCGCCGUCCCUGAGCCAGUCUCCUCAGUGUGAAUACGUAGGGUCUGAUAUCCUUCCAGCCAUUCCCCUGGUAUAGCCCGACAUGCAAUAUAUAUAUAUAUAUCCUGAGUGAUGCUGAUAUUAAUAGCGUAUAUCCCAAAUGUUCCAUCGGUCGGUCAUCGGUCAAACUUCAGCAUUUGAUCACUGGAUGUAGUUUACUGUGCUAUAGUUCAGUAUCGGUGAAUUCACUUCUAUGGCGAAAAUAUUCAUCUAAAAAUGUUAAAAAAAGGAAUCCAAAGUCCAAUAAUUUAUUUAAGUAUAUAAAUAGUAUAUAUAUAUAUUUUUCUUUCUUGGGAUGUGUACAAAGCUUCCAUUUGUCCCUCAAUGUUACGUGGAUGAUAUUCAUCUGUUAUUUACUCUCGUUGUCUAUACAACACGCAAUUGGAAUCUUUCUUGGACGUUAAACAAAGAUAACAAGGUUACUGUAGUGUAGUGUUUUACAUAUACUGUUGUGUUCACUUGAUUCUCACCGUCAACUGUUUAUUGUUCUUGAAGUUGUUUUCAUUGUUUAUUGUGUUUUUUCUACUUUUUUGGUCUUCGCUUCCCUAUGAAGGUCAUCCCCUUGUCUUUUUCUGCCCCCAUGAAGGGCCAUCCCCGCACCCCCUGGCUUUAGCCCCAUGAAGGCCCUCUUACCCCCCCUGGCCUCAGCACCAGCCCCAUGAAAAGCCCUUCCCCCCCCCACCCCCUCCAGGCCUCAGUCCCAUGAAGGUCUGCCCAAAGUUCCUAUGUGUGCCAUAAUUUGUACAUGUUUGUAAAUAAUGCAGAAUAAUUUAUAUGUAAAUAUUGUAUGUAUGAGAUUUAUUUGUUGUAUAUAGUGUGAGUGAAUUCUUCGUGCCAGUACCAGGGAGAUAAAGCUAACGUGGAGUAAUUUCCAAUUUAUGCUUUACAAUAAACUGUUUGUCUCCA